AUGCCCACAUACGUGGUCACAGGAGCGAACCGUGGCUUGGGCCUCGAAUUCGUCCGCCAGAUCUCUCAAUCGACAGAUAAUACUCUCCUCGCCUGCGUGCGCUCCAGCAACAGCGACCUUGACGACCUAGAGAAAGCCGCCUCGAACAACGAGAAGAACACUCACAUCCUCACCUGCGACACUGGGCACCUCGACUCGAUCAAGAACUUCGUCUCCCAAGCCAAGGAAAGUCUCGGCGGAAAGAAGAUAGACUUCCUACUCAAUAAUGCCGGCAUAAACAGCGUCCCACACCAGAACUCUCUCUCCAUCGGCCCUGAAGACCUAGAUGAGCAGAUCCGCGUGAACGUCCUCGGACCCGCCAAAACAACCGAGUUCCUCCUCGCUGCCUCUUUACUAGAUGCAAAGGCGAGGAUUAUCAACAUGACUUCCGGCUUAGGCAGCAUGACACAGUCCCUCACCAUCACACCCCGGAAAUGCGCCACCUACUCCAUCUCGAAAGGUGCAGUCAACAGCUUGACCGUCCAGCAGAGUGGCGAUGUGAGGGAGAAGUUGGGUAAGGAGUGUGUGGUUAUCUGUAUGGAUCCUGGGUGGGUGAAGACGAGGAUGGGUGGGGAGGGAGCGGUGUUGGAGCCGGAAGAGAGUAUUGCGGGGAUGUUGAAGUGUAUUCAUGGAUUGAAGGAGGAUGAUAAUGGGAAGUUCUUCACAUACACGGGAAAAGAAGUACCUUGCCAAUCAUUUGACGGCCAAGGCUAG